GCCACGACUAGGCUCCCGUUAUGUCUGGAAACAGUACCAGUCUCCUCCGACGAACGAGAACCUUGUAGUUUGUAAGCGAUAAUUCAUAUCCUUUUGUCUAGUCAUGGCGGACGUAAUGGUUAUGAAUGAGGUUGAGGCAACAGCAUUACGGCUUGGAGUCGAUCUUUCCACCAUUGACCUGGAUUCCAUUCGGCUUCCGCCAGGCGAUGAUUUUGGUGUCGUCAGUGAUGAUGAAGAUAUCUACCAUGAGGAGAAUCUGGAGUUGGAUUCUGGAUUCGGCAACAUCAUAGUUGUGGAUAACCUCCCAGUUGUGCCCCGGGAGAAGUUUGAGAAGCUUGAAGGUGUAAUACGUAAAAUUUUUAGUCAGAUUGGUGUGAUUAAAGAGGAUGGCCUAUUUAUGCCUGUUGAUUCUGGUACUGAGAAAAGUUUAGGUUAUUGCUUCAUUGAGUACAAUACUCCUCAGGAAGCUGAGCUUGCCAAAGAAAAGACACAUGGAUACAAGUUGGAUCGUCAACAUGUUUUUUCAGUGACCAUGUUUGAUGACUUCGAUCGGUUUAUGAAAGUUCCAGAUCAGUGGGCUCCUCCUGAAACAAAGCCAUAUGCUCCCGGAGAAAAUCUUCAGCAUUGGCUUACUGAUGCAAAGGCCCGAGACCAGUUUGUGAUCCGUGCUGGUUCUGAUACUGAGGUUCUGUGGAAUGAUGCAAGGCAUUUGAAGCCUGAUCCUGUUUACAAGCGUACAUUUUGGACUGAGAGUUUUGUGCAAUGGUCUCCACUUGGUACGUAUUUGGCAACAGUUCACAGGCAGGGGGCAGCUGUUUGGGGAGGUGCUACAAACUUCAAUCGUCUUAUGCGAUAUGCUCAUCCACAGGUGAAACUCAUUGAUUUUUCACCUGGUGAGAAGUAUUUGGUAACUUAUAGCAGCCAUGAACCAAGCAAUCCUCGUGAUGCUAAUAGGGUUGUGAUAAAUAUAUUUGAUGUGAGGCUUGGUAAAGUGAUGAGGGAUUUCAAAGGAAGUGCAGACGAUUUUGCAGUUGGAGGUACUGGGGGUGUUGCUGGGGUGUUAUGGCCUGUUUUCAGAUGGGGUGGUGGUAAAGACGACAAGUACUUUGCUAGAAUGGGAAAAAAUGUGAUCUCUGUAUAUGAGACUGAGACCUUUUCUCUUAUUGACAAGAAGUCCUUGAAGGUUGAAAAUGUAAUGGAUUUCAGCUGGUCUCCAACAGAUCCUAUUCUUGCACUUUUCGUUCCUGAGAUGGGUGGCGGGAACCAGCCUGCUAGGGUUAGUCUUGUUCAAAUCCCCAGUAAAGAGGAACUCAGGCAGAAGAACCUUUUCAGUGUUAGUGAUUGCAAGAUGUACUGGCAAAGCAAUGGGGACUACCUUGCUGUUAAGGUAGAUCGGUAUACGAAGACCAAAAAAAGUACAUACACAGGCUUUGAGCUUUUCCGUAUAAAAGAACGUGAUAUACCCAUUGAAGUUCUGGAGCUUGAGAAUAAAAAUGAUAAGAUUAUUGCUUUUGCUUGGGAGCCCAAAGGUCAUAGGUUUGCGGUUAUUCAUGGUGAUAACCCUAAGCCUGAUAUUAGCUUUUACACCAUGCGGACUGCUCAGAACACUGGCCGGGUUUCAAAACUUGUUACUUUGAAAGGCAAGCAGGCAAAUGCUCUUUUCUGGUCACCUGCAGGUCGCUACAUUGUGCUUGCAGGGUUGAAAGGCUUCAAUGGACAAUUGGAAUUUUAUAAUGUUGAUGAACUUGAAACUAUGGCUACUGCUGAACAUUUUAUGGCAACAGAUAUUGAAUGGGACCCAACAGGAAGGUAUGUUGCAACUUCUGUGACUUCGGUCCAUGAAAUGGAAAAUGGUUUCAAUAUAUGGUCUUUCAAUGGCAAGCUUCUCUAUCGUAUCUUGAAGGAUCACUUCUUCCAGUUCUUAUGGCGACCAAGACCGCCAUCUUUCUUGAGUUCAGAAAAAGAGGAAGAGAUUGCAAGGACCCUGAAGAAGUACAGUAAGAAGUACGAGGCAGAAGACCAAGACGUGUCCCUGCUUCUUAGUGAACAGGAACGUGAGAAGCGUAGAGUGUUGAAAGAAGAGUGGGACAAGUGGCUCAGUCAAUGGAAGCAUCUUCAUGAAGGAGAAAAGUCAGAGAGGCAAAAGCUUAGAGAUGGCGAAGCCAGUGAUGAAGAGGAGGAAUAUGAGGCUAAGGACAUUGAAGUUGAAGAAGUGGUGGAUGUGUCAGAGGAGGUCCUUCCUUUUGAAUAUGAACAACAGUGAUUUGGCUUAAGUAGUUGGCAAAGUGAAGAAGAUUCUUUUUUCCAAACCCAAUUUUGUAGCGUCAUUUUGUGGCCGGAAUAUUCCCCACUUCAUUAUCUGACAUGAGUGGGCAAUUUUGUUGUCGGCUUUUAUGUAAUUUUCUUUUUCCUAGUUCUCUAAUGACUACUUCAUAAUUCAGCAAAAUCAUCUCAUUAUUACUGUGGCCAAGAUUUGAAACCUGCAUAUGAACUUCAUUCUUUCACAUU